GUGUGAUAUAUUUUCAAAACAACAUUAGAUUUCCAACUAAUACAUUGUUAUAAAAUAGAGAAAAAAUAGUAACAAAAAUACGAAAAAUUUAAAACUUUUGAAAUAUAUAAUAUAUAAACUGACAUUUUUGAUUAGUGACAAGCAGGUCUGGGCCUUGGUAUAUUGCUUUGGAUUUUGUAAAAAGUGCUUGUGACAGUUGAAGUAAUAUGAAAAAGGUCAUUUUAACAAAAAGCAAUAGUAAAACAGUUACAACUGCCUUAAAGAUAACCAGUCCUGAUAACGCUAAAUCUAAAUUGGCCUAUGCAGAGUUAUUUCGUGUGGUACUUCAAAUACCCGAAAAAGAUGUACAACUUCGUAUUUUGGAAGCAGUUAAUGGGAAGUCAUCGAGUGCACAGAUUGUACAUGCUUUGUGCCCGAAUUGUAAAAAAACAUUUGGUAAUAGUACCGACUCCUUCAAAGAAAAAGCCACUCAAACUGAUAUUACCGAAGGAGUUGCUCAUUCAACAAAUCAAACAAUUAAGAUAAUAACAUUGCCAAUUCAUUCGUCGCAGAAUACUUUGCAUCCAAGCCAUGGUGAUGGCAGUCAAGAAAGAAACUUACCAGUUCUGCAAAGAAAUGUAAUUUCUACAACAGUAACACGAAAUCAUACGAUAGCACAACAGUCUGUGGAGUCGAAGUCUACAGGAGAUCAAUUGUCUAAAACUAAUGAUUCAACAGAUACACCAGUGAAAAGGAAACGAAAACGAAAAGUAUGUUUGCCACAAGUGGUAAAAAAAUCUCAUGCCCAAAUGGCACAUACUCAACUACAACCCAAACUAAAGGCUAGAAAAAUUGAAAAGGGCCCAGACAUAAAUCAAGCUGCAACAAAUGUAUUAAAUAGAAGAAAUCGCAGUGACUCGAUAAUAUCUAUUUCAUCUGACAUCUUAAAUGAUAUCAUUUUUAAUUCGCCAGAGCCACAUAAAACAAAAGAAGAACACAUCAUGCGCAAAAUGGCUGAAGAAUUUAUAGAUGCGGACAUACGCACAGAUGGUUUGCUUGCCAUACAUCGCACCAUAGUUGAAAAUGACUUGGAUGCCUUACGAAGGCAAAUAUUCGUUUGGAAGAAAAUUAGAAAAGUGGAAGAUCUAAAUACCUUACUUACCGACGAUGACGAAAACUGCCUCCAGUUAGCAAUAGUUCAAGAUUGCUUCCCUAAAAUAAUCAAUGUUCUUAUAAAUGAGGGUUUGAACACAAAUGAGAUCGAUGACCACUCUAACACCUGCAUUCAUUUAGCUGUUCUAAACGAAAUCGACGAUAAGUCUUUGCGUUUGUUAAUGGAAAAGAUAGAUCUAAAGCUAUUGUUACACUUAAAUGAUGAUGGAUAUACUCCCCUACAUAUGGUUGUGCGUACCAAUAGUUACAAUCAGGCAGAAAUCAUUUUAAAUACACUAGAUGAACGGCUUUCAGAAAAAGCUUCAUUUAUUCGAGAUUUUAGCGCAAAAUCAUCCGAAAAUGAAUUUAGUAAAUAUUACGAAGACGUUUGUAAGAAACUAGAACAAAAAUAUGGCAAUACAACAAGAAAUGCACAACCGAAGUUGAAGAAGAAAUUUUUGGAGAUGGGCGAUAGGAAAAGUGGGAAUACGGCAUUAUUUUUUGCAAUUGAAAAUAAAUUGGAACAUUUUGUGUUCUUCUUAUUGGCGCAUCUUACUGAUCCUCGUGUUAUGAAUUUUAGCGGUCAAGACGCAAAAUCGUAUUAUGCGGAAUUCGGCAAAAUGUUACAAUUAAGUUUAAAAGUGGAUAAUGCCAUGGAAAGUGUGGUGACAAUACUGGGGUAA